AACGCCUGGCUCCUCCUACCGUCGCCAGUUCCCAUGUACGUUCUAUGCGUAAAACAAAACGAGAAGGACGCGGCAAUGAACCACAGGCAGUGUAGAAGUCCUAAACCAAAAUGAAAGUAGUAACUGGUGCCCUGUUUGUCUACUGACCUAAUUUGCGUUAAACUUCUCGUUCGCUAUCGGAUGUACAGCUUGAUUACUUAGAUUACUUCCUUGCAAGCUUAGACGUAUGGCCUAUUUUUAUAAUCAGUAGUCGGCUAGUAGCUACACUACCGGUAGCUAAAAAAAUAAAUGUAGAUACUUUAGCUAACUCGCUAAAUAAAACUACCAGAAUCUUUAGAUUUGGCAGAUUUCCGGGUAGAUUUUCAAAGGUAACUUAAGACAUAAUUUCUGUAAUAUCAUCAGCGUAGGCGUGUGUUUAUUUGUUUUCGCCAUGGACCAUACGGAAACUUUAAGUGGCGACCACGUACCUAUUGUGACUUCCAAUUCACGUGGUCGCGUGUCAUUCUGGAGAAAUCUAAGCGGGUUUUGGUUGCUGGGACUGUGCAACAACUUUGCCUAUGUAGUAAUGUUGAGUGCCGCCCAUGAUAUCCUGAAACAACAGGAGACGCACAACACCACUACCAACACCGUAUCUGCAUCGCUCAUUACACCCGAGGGAAGGAAUAACAGCAACAGCACUCGCUAUGACUGUAACCCAGUUUCUACUGCGGCUGUGCUCCUCGCCGAUAUUCUUCCGACUCUCCUCAUCAAAUUGGCUGCGCCUUUCUUCAUCCACAAGUGUCCUUAUGGGUUCCGUGUGUUGCUGUGUGUUGCUGCGGCAGCUUCCAGUUUCCUGUUGGUGUCCUUCUCUUCCACUGUGGGAAUGAGCAUUCUGGGAGUCAUCUUUGCCAGUGUUAGUUCUGGACUGGGGGAGCUGUCAUUCCUCUCUCUCACUGUGUUUUUUGACAGGACGGUGUUGGGGGGCUGGGGGUCCGGGACUGGUGGUGCAGGGGUGGCAGGAGCAUUACUGUACUCCGCUCUCACACAAGUGGGUCUGUCGCCCCGGGCAACGCUGCUCAUUAUGCUGGUGGUCCCGGCCAUCAUGGCUGCCAGCUAUUUUUUCCUCCUGGAGUUCCCGCCCUCUUUUCCUCAGUGGCGGAGCAGAAAGGGGGAGGGGCUUCUGUGUGACCCCAGCGCUCAGGAGAGACGGCCCCUGAUGACGGAGGUCCCUGACGACGCGGAGCGAGAGCAGGAGGAAGAGGAGGGUGAGCGCGACAGGGUCCCAGAGUGCCGAGGGAAACCAGGAAUGGGAAGAGACAGGAAGGAGAGGGAAAAUAUGAAUGACAUGGAGAUGAUCAGUGGGAUUGAAGAGAAAAGAUUUGGAUGGGAAUUCCAAUGUUCAGCCUCAGGAGAUCCAGGCAAUGCGGGAGAUCUGACUUGCGCAGAAAGACUUGUUGCCCUCCGAGGUCUGCUGAAGUUCAUCAUUCCUCUGAGCGUUGUGUAUUUUGCUGAGUAUUUCAUCAACCAGGGCCUGUUGGAGCUGCUGUUUUUCCCCGGAUAUUACAUGUCCCAUGCAGAGCAGUAUCGCUGGUAUCAGACUCUGUACCAGAUCGGAGUGUUCUUCUCCCGCUCGUCUCUCUUCUGCAUGAAACUCAGGAGAGUUUGGGUCCUGUCUGUACUGCAGUGUGUGAAUGCUGGGCUCCUGACAGUGGCUGUGUACUAUCAGUUUCUCCCCAGUGCACCUGUGGUGUUUGCCAUAGUUGUUUAUGAGGGUCUGCUUGGAGGUGCAGCCUAUGUCAACACCUUCUAUUUCAUCAGCAAGGAGACUGGAAGCAGAGAGCGGGAGUUCGCCAUGUCGGCCGCCAGCGUGGGAGACAGCUUCGGCAUCGCCGUCUCCGGCGUCACGGCCAUCCCGCUGCACAACUACUUCUGCUCUCUGUGAGGGAGGCGGAGACACCGAGGCUUUCCUUGCGCAGGCUCCGCCUCCUUGCACAGGCUCCGCCUCCUCUGCGGCUGUUACAAUGCCGUGCCUUUUGUCGCGGUGCACUUUAAUUGGACAGUGUGUCUGCUUUAACUCUGACAGUUACAGGGGUUGUACAAAAUAACAGAAACACCACACUUCAGAAGUCUGAAGGUCCGAAGUCAAAAGCGGCGAGGUACACAGAUUAAUCACGUUAUUUUGAAUGCCAAUUAUCAGUAUGUUUCAGUUAAAAAAAGAGGUCUGACAAUCAACAUUUUGAUAAGUGUACGUUGACCAAUACAUUGCUAAUGUUGAUAGCUGACGGCUGAUUUGUGAAAUCGGCUGCUCCAAAUGAUACCGAUUCAUUUUUCUUUCGGUAUGUCUGUGAUUUUGUCCAACCCCUGUGCUCUUCUUUGUGGGUCUGCUACAACCUGUGUGUUGACACCUACGAUUUAAUUCUGUUGCUGAUAAUCAGCUGUGGAUGAAUUUUCACUAACAGGUGCUGGACUGUGUUUGCUUUUGUAUCUAAUGAUUUUAAAUUGUUUACAUUGGUUGCCGUUUUGAUUGAUGUAAUGAUUGAUUUUUGUCUUUUAUGUACAGCUCUUGGUAUUGAAUGUUUUCCCUGUGAAGGUACUAAUUUGACUUGAUAUUUAACUCCUUAGAAAGGAACAUUUUGCUUUCAUGUAUUUACAAUUAAAUGACCAAAUAAGGAAUGCACAUAGAGGAAAUGGGUUAAUAUACUUUAAACUGACUCAUGUAUAACUGACUCAGUGACAGAAAAGAGGAUUUACACUGUGAAAAGUAUUCUAUUUUUUUUUUUUUUUUACUUCCACUAAGUAAUGGUCCUGUCCUAUCUACUGACUAUGCGUUGUAUUAUUAAAUAGUGUAUUAGAGUUCCAUGGUCUCAGGUUGAAUCUGGAUUGUGUCAGUGCUGACUGUGGCCGGUAGCUCCAGAGGGUGACUUGCAAUUUGCCGAUUGCCUCACCCAGGGUAUGGGAGGGGACAGUCGGGUAUUUAGCGAGCCCCGCUGGCCGAUAGUGCCGCAGACUCAUACGGAAAGGUCUUCCUGUGACUCUGCACUGUGCGUGCUCAGCUGUGGCCUGCGGUGUUAAAAGAAGCAGGCUGGUGACACCUGGUGUUUUGGAAGGGAACUGCGGAUGUCUACACUCUCCCAGUUGGGGAGUUGGGACCACAGUUGCACAUAGCAAAUUGGACAUUCCAAAUUAGGGUGGGAUUUGGACAUGUACAGCCCCACGUUGGACACCAAUAUAUAUUUUUCUAAAGUAUCUGCAUAACAAACACUUUUUUUAUUUAAAAGAAGUGUAGACAGGCCUGCCCUUCUAUUUUUAUGUUUAUCUUAAAAUUAUGUUUAUCUUUCCUGGACUUGUGUGGCCUACAGUAAAUUGGCCCAAGCUUUUUUUUAACAGGUUACCAGUUAUAAGGUAGAGGUGGGUGUCUGUCAGUGCUAUCCCCUGUGGUACAAGUUGCAGUUUGUUGUGUGGAAAGUAGUGCCUGGCUCACUAGAGAAUGUACCUGAAAAGUGUAUGCACCUGAGCUCCAGGCCUGUCUGUGUGGAUGCAAUAGGUUGGUGGUGAUCUUAGGUGCUUCCAAAUAGGACAGAUAAUGCUUGGGAGUUUUUUUUGUCUGUGGCUCUCCAUGCUUCCAUACCAGACCGUGAUUUAUGAAGUAGGAAGGAUCUCUACGAUGGAUGUGUAUAACCAAACCAGUUGUUUGACACUUAACUUCCUUGACUAUCUGAAGAAAUACUGUAUUUGCUGCUUUGCUGAUGAUGUCAGUGUCCAUAUAGCAUUUCAGGGAGCUACUGAUGUGCAUUCUAAUAAAUUUAAAUGAUUUUUUAAUGGC